AUGUCGACUUCCUCGAGGAAAGUCAUCGCCGAGUACUUACUCAUACCUAGUAUCCCGAACGAGCCACCCAGAGUGAGUCAUCAAAAACGGUCUAAUUGGACAGAAGACUCAGAUGAUGAUGAUAAAAUACCAUUUUUAAUCAAAAAGCAGCGUAUAUCAGAGCACGAUAGCGAUGUCGAAGAGGAUGAAGGACGAAAUGCUUUAGAUGUGUUAUUUGAAGAAUUGGCUCAAGAGGAUGAAUAUGAAACUGAAGAUGAAGAUGAAAAUGAAGGUGGAGAUGAAGGUGAUGAUAAAGAUGAAGAUGGAGAUGAAGGUGAUGAUGAAGAUGAAGAUGAAGAUGAAGAUGAAGAUGAAGAUGAAGAUGAAAAUAAAGGUGAUGAUGAUAAUGAUGAUGAUGAUCUAGCUGUUCAAGAUAGCGAUGACGAAGAGGAUGAAGGACGAAAUGCUGAAGCUGUGUUAUUUGAAGAAUUGGCUCAAGAGGAUGAAUAUGAAACUGAAGAUGAAGAUGAAGAUGAAGAUGGAGAUGAAGGUUAUGAUAAAGAUGAAGAUGGAGAUGAAGGUGAUGAUGAAGAUGAAGAUGAAGAUGAAGAUGAAAAUAAAAAUGAUGAUGAUAAUAAUGAUCUAGCUGUUCAAGAUAGCGAUGACGAAGAGGAUGAAGGACGAAAUGCUGAAGCUGUGUUAUUUGAAGAAUUGGCUCAAGAGGAUGAAUAUGAAACUGAAGAUGAAGAUGAAGAUGAAGAUGGAGAUGAAGGUGAUGAUAAAGAUGAAGAUGGAGAUGAAGGUGAUGAUGAAGAUGAAGAUGAAGAUGAAGAUGAAAAUAAAAAUGAUGAUGAUAAUAAUGAUCUAGCUGUUCAAGAUAGCGAUGACGAAAAGGAUGAAGGCAACAAAAAUGAAACAGAUGAUGAAAGUGAAGACAGUAAUGCACGUGCCAGGAGAAUGAAACUUUUGUUGCAGUGUAUGUCUCCGCUUGCUAACGCAUUCGAUAGUUUUCCGUUUGAAAAGCCAUUAGAAUUGAAAAAGAAACAAAAGGACCUAAAAAAAAAAUGUGCGAGAUUGAGAGCAGAUCUCAUAGCACGCGGUUAUCCAGAACAUGACCUUCCUGCGAUUAUUACGAAAAAAAAAUAAAAAACAUUUUUAAUUUUUGUCCUUAAUUUAAUCUUUGUAUAUAUGUAAAUAGUUUUUGUACAAUUUAUGUAUUUUUGCGUACAUAUGCGAGAAAAUCUUGUACAAUUCCUUAUAAUAAAUUUUUCCUGAAAUUAA